CACCAAUUCUGUGUCGUUUUGUAUUUGAUUGGCGAAAGAAGAAAGUGGUUAACAAGAAACAUAAAUAAAAGUUAAUUGUUUUAUCAUAAAAAACAAUAUAAAAAAUAUUUGUAUAUAAUUAAUAGAAGAAACCUAAAAGAAAAUCGUAAUGAUUUUUGUAAAUAGUAAAAAAUAGCCAUGAAUACGUUGCGUAACAUCUUCACAUCGCGUACCCUCAACUAUCUCCGACAAAAUGGGCAAAACGCGCUCAUUAAUAUAACACAGCCAGUGGACAAUGCCACCAAUGCAGCACCUCUCAAUCCAAAUGGUACAAACAACAAGUCGGAGAAUAGACCUAAGGAACCAUUGAUCAUACCAAAAUCAAUACUAGAUGCCACCAUCUUUACGGGAAAGAAAUUCCCCGCCAAAACAUCUACGGGUUCCAUAUCACCAACUACACUGAGAAAUGUUCGUCGCAUGUCACGCAAAGUUGACAUUGUUUACCGCUGUAAGCUCUGCAACACACGUAAUGUCAAACAAGUUUCUGAGGCGGCCUACACAAGUGGAGUGGUGAUAUUGCAGUGUGAUGGUUGUUCGGUCAAUCAUUUAAUCAUUGACAAUCUUGGAUGGUUUGCCAACACCAAAGGCAAGACAUUUGAUGAAGUUUUAGCCGAAAACAGUGAUAGUGUUAAAGUUAUUAAGGUCAAUGAAAAUGGAGAAUUAAUCUAGUCUCGCUAGCUUUGCCAUAAACCAAAAAUAAAAUGUAAAUUGUAAUAUUGAAAUAUUUUCCGUUUUCACAAAUCCCAUAAUUUUAAUGUGCAACAAUUUUUUAUCUUAAUUUGUUUUUAAGUAUUUUUGGACUCAAAUAUUUUUUUAUAUUAUAUUAAAAGGAAAAGAAGAAAUUAUACAUUAUUAUUUGAAAAAAAAUCACAAAAAAAUAUUUUUUUUUUAUAUUCAAUAACCCAUUUUUUGUUAUUUUUUUUUAUAAUUGUUCAAACUGUAAGCAACAACAAAGUGAUAAAAAUACAUAUUAUUAAAAAAAAUAAACAAACUGUAUACAUAUUAUCACAAACACAACAAUAA